GUGGCCUGUGGGCGCUGCUGUCCGGCUGCAGGUGACGAGUGAUUUUUUACGCAGCGGUCCUCAACAUUCAGGAGGGGCUGCGCUCACACUCCUCCGGCCUCUCAAACAUCUGGUUGGGGUUAUUAUAAAAUUCAGUUAUAUUGGAGCACUACGAUAGGAUUGCACCGAUUUCUAUCUAGCAGGGCAGGAAAAAGUGUGAUCCAGAGGAGGAGAAAUCUGAUGCCUGGUUGUUCCUGAUCGCAUAUCGUUUGGCUGCAGGUCUACGGCAUGGCGUGGCCCUGCAUCACCCGCGCCUGCUGCAUCAACCGCUUCUGGAGCGAGUUGGAUAAAGCGGACAUCGCCGUGCCGCUCGUCUUCACCAAGUACUCCGACGUGGCCGAGGUGCGGCACCUCCAUCCGCAGCCGGGCCUGUUAGCGCAGUCCCGUCAUCCGGUCGCCAUAGAAACAGAGUCCGCCCACACCGCGCCACAGGAGUCGGCCGCAGCCUCAGCAUCCUCGGCGGCGCGCGAGGGCUCAGUCACGCGCCAGGACUUCAAACCCUGGAAAGUCAAACCGGAACCGAGCUGCAAGCCCAAAAGCGAGUACCGCCCAUGCCAGACGCCCUUCAACAACGAGACCCAGUACCAGAAAGAUUAUAAACCGUGGCCUGUUCAGAAACGCGGAGAUCACCCGUGGAUCCCCAAAGUCGAGAACAAGAGCGUGAAGCAGGACCACGUGACCACGGAACCGGACACGGGCGUGGAGAAGUGUGAGAUCGAGGAGCGUGUGAAGGAGAAAGAAGGUGCCAAGGAGGAGAACAAGGAGAGGCCAUUGAAAAAAGAUCAGGAUGCUGAAACAGGAGAGAAAAAGAAAGAGCAGAAAGCAGGGUCCAGAGGAAGAUCAGCAGCAGAUGCGGUGAACAGGCAGAUCAAGCAGGAGGGAACAGGUGGAAGCUCAUACAGUAUGGAAUUCAAAGCGUACACGGACGUGAAGCCGGUGAAAGCCAUCAAAGCCAAGUCACAGUACAAAAUGUCAAUAGCGGAGAAGGCUAACUUGGAGACGAGCUACAAUGCAACUUAUAAAGGAGAGCAGGGGAAACCAGAGGCCACGGAUAACAAACUGCUGGACCGCCGUAGGAUACGCAGCCUAUACAAUGAGCCCAGCAUUAAAGAACCCAGCAAGCCAGAGAAGUCCAGUGCGUCACACUCCAAACCCAAAAAGACGACAAGCCAUAGUAAAACAGCAAGUAAAGCUAAAGCAAAGCCGAACACUGGAACCCAACCUGCUAAGAAGAAAAGCUCUGUGAGCAAGCUGGAGUUAAAGCCAGACGGAGGGGUCACCAAGAAAAGUAAAGAAAUGAUUAACAGACUGGCUGAGGGAAAAGAAUAGAUGCAGUUGUGUGUGUGUGUGUGGAUUUGGGUGAAAGGGGUCUGUGCUUUGCUGCUUUAAGACUCUUAUUGUUUAAACCCAAUUUCAGUCUUUUAGGCUUUCUAGUAUGGAUUGUGAAUUUGGAUCUGAAAGCUUGCUUUGCCUCGAAUGUGGCAUCACUGCAUAAUCCGUAACGAUCCACGAUCUUUUUACACCACCCUAUCAGCUUUAUUGCAUGAGAUCUGCGAGCAAACGUUGCUUAACCCUUACCAUAAAUAUGUGAUUAGAAAUGUACUAUUAGACAUGUGUAGUUAUUGUCAUCAGGCUUGAAUCGCUUUUUUUUUUGCAAAACACUUAUCACACACAAGAUUUAAAAACACAUAUAAUAUUUAUUGAUUAGCGGAAUUGAUUGAAUUGCACAUACAUCUGGCUCGUAGUAGUUUCCUUGCCAGCAUCCCACUAACUAAUUAUUAAAACGAUAUUUCAUAUAGUGAGUGCAUCAACAAACACUAACAAUGAGCCAGGUUUAGUUAUAGCCUUUAGCACCGGAGAAAAAGAUUAGUGCAUGCAUUUCAUAAUUAUCAUUCAUUGCCCAGUGCACUGCCUGUUCAUCGUUCCAACAAAGACGCUGCUGAAACAUUAACAGAUCAGGCCCAUAGUCUUUCAGGAUACACAAGAAAAUGAAUGCUAUCUAAAAAAUAAACAUAUACAACAGUUGUCAGACCUGUCCAUUUGAAGUAUGUGAGUCUCAAACAGCCGCAUUAUGUGUUUCUGUCCUUGCAGUGUCAAACAAUUAAAAGGAUCCACCUGCCAGUGUGAACUGCUGUGUAUUAUUCUAUGUAACGAGAAAUAAACUACUCUGCCUGCUUUAGUUUAGUUCAACUGUACGGAAGUAAUGCUGCUAACCGCACUACUGUUUGAUCUUUAAAGGAAUGUGAUAUAUCAAUGCCAUUUCUGUUGAGAUCGUUAUAAACAUGUCUAAAAGUCUCUUACAGUUGGACGCAUGGCUUCGGUACGAGUCUUCAUUAUUGAUCGUCAUUGUUCUGUCAAUAUUCGCCCAGCCACGUAAGUCACAGGUUAGGAGAACCUGCAGACUUCUUGGUGCAUCAUCCCUUUACUGGACUGUCCUCCAUUCAUGCUGUGUACACAUCACUGGGUGCUAUCUUGAAGCUGUGCUGUCCAUUCGAAAAUAUGGUGCCUGAACAUGUCACCUGAUGCCACUGCAACUGCAAUGUAUUUGUAUGUGUGAUGUGGUGUUCGCUUGCCUUGAAUAAAAUCACUAAAGCAAG